CGUGGCACGGCGCGAAGGCCGUGCGAACUGGAAAGCCGGGAGGUGGCGGAGCCCGAGUCAUGGCGGCCAAGGCAGCGGGCAGCGGGGGCUGGGAGGUGGUGAAGAAGGGCCGGCGACCUGGAGCCAGCGGCGGUGGACGAGGCGGCGGCGGCGGCGCUGGCGUUGACCGCCGAGCGCUCGGGGAGGCGAACGGGGUGUGGAAGUACGACCUGAGCUCUCCAAUCCAGACCACAAGCACUCUUUAUGAGCGUGGCUUUGAGAAAAUCAUGAAGCGGCAGAAUAAAGAACAGGUUCCACCCCCGACGGUGGAGUCUAAGAAACCAGCGAACAAGAAGCAGCCAAAGAAGGUGACAGCUGUCGCUAGCCAGAACCAGAAGCAGGGCCCGUUCCGAAGCCUGGAAGAUGCGCUGAAAGCCCUGGAUGUAGCCGCUCUGCAGAAGGAACUGGACAAAAGCCAGAGCGUCUUCACUGGGAACCCCUCUGUAUGGCUGAAGGACCUGGCCAGCUAUCUCAACUACAAGCUCCAGACUCCACGGAGCGAGCCCACCCUGAGCCAGUAUCCACAUGAUUAUCCCUACAGCCUCGUGAGCCGAGAGCUGCGUGGGAUCAUCCGAGGGCUCCUGACCAAAGCUGCAGGGUCUGUGGAGCUCUUUUUCGAUCACUGUCUGUUCACCAUGCUCCAAGAGUUGGAUAAGACACCAGGGGAGUCGCUCCAUGGGUACCGCAUCUGUAUUCAGGCCAUUCUGCAAGACAAGCCCAAGAUUGUCACCUCAAACCUGGGCAAGUUCCUAGAGCUUCUGAGGUCCCACCAGAGCCGACCAGCCAAAUGCCUGACCAUGAUGUGGGCCCUCGGGCAGGCAGGUUUUGCCAACCUCACCGAGGGACUGAAAGUGUGGCUGGGGAUCAUGCUGCCUGUGCUGGGCAUCAAGUCUCUGUCUCCCUUUGCCAUCGCAUACCUGGACCGGCUGCUCCUGAUGCAUCCCAACCUCACCAAAGGCUUUGGCGUGAUUGGCCCCAAGGACUUCUUCCCACUUCUAGACUUUGCCUAUAUGCCCAACAACUCCCUAACCCCCAGCCUACAGGAACAGCUCUGCCAGCUCUUCCCUCGGCUGAAGGUGCUGGCCUUUGGGGCCAAGCCAGAGUCCACCCUGCACACCUACUUCCCUUCAUUCCUGUCGCGAGCCACGCCUAGCUGCCCUGCGGAAAUGAAGAAAGAGCUCCUGGGCAGCCUGACCCAGUGCCUGACUGUGGACCCGCUCAGCACCAGUGUCUGGAGACAGCUGUACCCCAAGCACCUGUCCCAGUCCAGCCUGCUGCUGGAGCACUUGCUCAAGUCCUGGGAGCGGAUUCCCAAGAAGGCACGGAAGUCUUUGCAAGAAACCAUUCAGUCCUUCAAGCUUGCCAACCAGGAGCUCCUAAAGAAGGGCAUUGGCAGCAACGAGCAUGUUGUCACCUGUGAUACAGCCUGCAAGGGCUUGUUACAACAGGCACGAGGUCCUCGGCCACCCUGGGCCCGGCUGCUCCUGUUGCUUCUGGUCUUUGCAGUAGGCUUCCUCUGCCAUGACUUCCGGUCCCACAGCUCCUUCCAGGCCUCCGUCACUGGCCGCUUGCUCCGAUCAUCCGGUUUCUUGCCUGUUGGCCAGCAAGUGUGUGCCAAGCUCUCCUCAUACAGCCUGCAAAGCUACAACUGGCUGCAGGGGACAUUGCCAGCCUGUGGCUCCCACCUGCUUGCCGUGGUACAGCCCAGUUUGCAGCUGGCCUGGACACACACCAAUGCCACAGUCAGCUUCCUUUCGGCCCGCUUCGGCGACAGCCUUGCUGGCUUCUUGCAGAGGGUCCAGCUCCCUGAGGCCCUGCACCAGCUCUCCCACUCCUUGAAGGAGCUGCUGCUGCUCUUCCACCACAGUGUGCUGCUGCCCACGUGGCACCUGCUGCUUGUGGCCCUGGCCCGAGCUCAGGAGUACUGCCACGAGGCCUGCAGAGGAGAAGUGACGUGGGAUUGCGUUAAGACACAGUUCAGUGAAGCCGCCCGAUGGACCUGGCUCUCUCUACAGGACGUCACAGUAGCUUUCUUGGACUGGGCACUCGCCAUGAUAUCCCAGCAAUAGCCCCGGCCUGCCUGGCCACUGGUUUCUGUGGUGGGCAAGCUGUCAGAGACUGUGGAGGGUAGAGAAGGCGGCUCUCUCUUCACUUGGUGCCUGAGUUCUAUCUGUCUCCUAGGCCAGGGCCCGUGCCUCUGCCUCACUUCCCCAUCUUGAGGGGACUGGGCCGGGACUCAGCCUCCCGCUCACGGGUCUGCUGGGUAUCUCAGGCCCAGUUGCACAGCUUCCGGCCUCCCUUGGGCUGGUAGCCUUUGUCGACUUCUCUCACCCCGCCGUCCUCCAUCUCACCACGUAAACCCCGACAGCCCACCUCCAAAGGAGGGAGGUAGCCGCCUGUCCGCAUUCCUGGUCAUAACUUCAACCACAGCAGAAAAAGGGAAGGACUUCAGAAGGGCCAGCACCACAGUGGGUGACAGCAGCGUCACCUCCACCAGCAGCCAGAGUAACCAUCAGUGGACAUGCCGGCCACACGGAAAUGCCUGUUACCUCAGAACACCCAGAACAAGCAAGCCUUCUGAGAACACUUGCGCCCUGCUCUGUCAGCGUCCUGGCUUCUCAGCACCGGUCCCCCCAGUUCCAGCACCCCUCUCUCAACAUCUCUGUCAGAUCUGUCCACAGCAUCAUCCACCUGAGAGCAGCGCCUUCCAUCAGCCUCUCGGCGUAUGGCUCCUGGGUGGAAUAAAUGACAGCGGUUGGA